UAUAUUUAUCUUUACGAUAACUUAGGCGACAAUCACGGUGAAAAGUCAUCCUUAGUGCUCUAUUUGCGCUGUGCUGAUAAAAGCACCAUGUCUUGCAGUAUCAAACUUCUUGUACUUGUAGCAGUUUGCCUUUAUUUACAAGCGACUUUAGCCAAACGGUAUGACUUCAAAUUUUGCUGGAGUCAAUCAGAAUUUGAGGCGAUUUUGGACUCGCAGUGUUUGAAUCGUGCUUUCAGGCGAGGCAUUGAGAAGGGAGAUUUUGUGAAAUCGGAAAAAGAGGCCAAGCACUUCCUCAAGAAAUUAGCAAGGAGAGACCUUCAUUCUGUGGAGCCUAGUCAACCUACGAACUACCAUGAAGAGUGUUGUGUGGAGGGAUGCAAGUAUGAGGAAGUAGCGGAAUACUGCUUGUUGUACUGAAAGUUUAUGAUCAACAUGAAUCAAAGGACACUAGUUAGAGCUUGGAAAACAUGUACAGUCAUUUCGGAAUCAUAUUCUUAAACUAUAGUUUAAGUUGAUCUUAUUUGUGAGAGUUCCCUUCUUUUUCUUAGCUGCCCGUUCGGUCUCUGCGAUCGCUUCCUUUCUUUGUACACAUUUCGUGAAGAAGAGAUAAAGUCCUCAUUAGAGCAUGACUCAAUCGCGAUUUGGUAUGCUGUCAUGAAACACAGAUGAGUUUGAUAUUCAGAAUAUUUGCAGCCUUUUAUCGAAUGUUUCUUACUUUUCUGGCGAGAAACGAAAUUAGUGCCGAUUUACUUAUUUUCAGAGGAGGGCAGCCAUUUCUUUCUCCGUAGAGAUGGCUUGGGGUUUUUAAGGUUUACUCAUUAAAUAAAGUUUGAUUUGGGGUCCACACUAGUAUACACGGCCUAAUCGCGGUAAAUCCAUAUGUUCUAGGUUAAAACUAUGAGGUUAGAAAUUUGAUUUACCGGAAUGCUUUCUUCUGAUACUCGUGACUCAUUUCCCUUGACUAAUGACUCGUGACCUUCGACCCUCCACCCGUGACCUGAGUAUUAAGCCCGCCGUCUGUUCUCGUUUUUACGAGUGGAAAAGGUAUACUUGUAGUCUUCUCAACCUCAGAUCUUGUUACUCUUUUAGUUAUACAGCACAGGGAAUA